AUGGAACGCGAACCGUGUGGAGAUCAAAGAGAAACAAGGCACGAUUUUCCAAUAGUCGCAAUUAUCGAUGCUGGAUGCGAUAUGAAGCACCCUGAUUUGGAGGGGUCUCUAUGGAGGAACUCAGGGGAGACUGAUUGCUACGACGGAAUUGACAAUGAUGGAAAUGGAUUCAUAGACGAUUGCUAUGGAUGGGAUUUUGUGGAUGAUGCACCAGUGAGACAUCCGACAAGUGUGUUUAACUCAACUCAAGGGAUCUCAGCAAAAUCAUCCCUCAAUCAUGGAACAAAUCUCGCGAGUCUCGUCGGAUCACUUGUAGAUAACGCUCAGGGGAUCACGGGCUCCUGUUUGGGCAGGUGCAUGGUGAUGUGCUUGAGGGCAGUGGACCAAGGAGAGUCGGUCGACGUAGAUGAUGAAGAACCAACGAAAAACGGGAACGAUAAAAGCGAGGAGCGCAUCGUUAGAGCUCUGCGAUAUGCAUAUUCCAUGGGAGCUCGAAUCUCAACGAACAGUUAUGGAAGAAAGGGAAAGCCAUUUACUGAACUGGAAAAGGAAAUCAAGAGAUUGUCUGAAUUGGAUGAGACAGGAAUCUUGUUCGUCGCCGCCGCUGGAAACGAAGGGAAAAACCUAAGCAGGAACGGAGAGGUGUCCCCCUCUGAAGAUGCCUUUUUUCCGGCUGCUGCGGCUUCUGUUGGAAGUGUUAUUGUCGUUGGUGCGUCUAACAGGGAUGGACAAAAAUUGUCAUUUUCCAAUUAUGGGAAAGAGGUUUCUCUCUUUGCACCGGGAAUUUUGGUUGCUGCAGCGACAGCCGGUGGCGGUGUCGACUUUGUUUCGGGAACCUCCGUUAGUGCACCAAUUGUAGCCGGAUCGGCUGCUUUGAUUUGGUCGUUACUUCAAGAGUUAUCGCUGGGUCAGAUAAAACACUCCAUUGUCUCAUCCGUGACAAAAUCUCCUCAUCUGACGGCUUAUUGUCAAGCUGGUGGUGUUUUGAAUACGUGGAAGGCUGUUCAAUUGGGCGCUGAAGCCCAGCUAAUGAAGCACGAGCGUCAAAACUUAUCAGCUCGAGAGGAGCGUGAAAAAGUGGUAGAAGCUUGGAAACCAGAAGAAGAAGCAGACGAAGGUGCAGAAAAUCAAUCAAAUAAGGACUCGGCAUGA